AUGUUCGCCAUUACAGAACCCGUUCCCAAUAUUCAUGAUACACAAAUUUUUCCCAAUAACUAUCGAAACACCUCUUCCGUGACUUCUAUUUCUCCAAAAUAUGAAGAAAACUUAAGUUCUUCCACGUCUCGCAUUUCUUUGGAAUCAAGUUUAUCUACUGCAUUGAAUAAUCAUCGUUCAAAUAGUACACAAAAACUAAAUGAUUUAAAAAAUUCAUCCAUAACAUCAAAAAAUACUUUAUCACAAAAUUUUGGAUCACCACCUAAUCAACAAAGGAAACUUUCUGAAACUUUGAAUUUUAUUCCAUUUAACGAAAAGACAAAAUCUUCUUUACCAGUUCAAAAGAAAAGGGCUUCUGAACCUAUUCGUAAAUGUUCAUCAAUUGCUUCUUCUUCAUUUGAGACACCAACUCCUGUUAUUAGCAGUGGUCGCAAGUCAUCACUUUCCUUAAAUCUAUUCAAAUCAUCUUUACCUGAUCAUUACUUCAAUUCAAAACACAAAGCUAAACAAAUUCCUAUAAAACAUAAUUUGAAACCUGAAAUUAGAAUUAAUACAGAUUUUGACAGCUACAGCAGCAAUAAUAGUCACAUUGAUGAUAAUAAUUGUAAUAGUGAUGGAGAUGACUACGAUAACAUAAGUGAAGAAGAAUUAAACAAAUUUUUAAGUGAUCCAUCUACGCCACCUUCAGUUCAACUAACGCCUUUUGAUAAUCAAGUUGGAGGUCAUACUUCAUUCUUUCGUUUUUCAAAAAAAGCUGUGUGUAAACCAUUAGCAAAAAGAGAACAUUGUUUCUAUGAAGUUUUAGAGACAUUUCACCCUGAAUUAUUACCUUUUGUUCCUAAAUAUUUGGGUGUUUUAAAUGUUACUUAUCGUUCUCAUGAAGAUAACUAUAGUCCAAUGCCAGAAGUUUUUUUCAAACAGAAUAAGCAUCUUUUACCUAACUGGGUGCUUACCAAGGUAAAUUCUUUGGAUAAAGAUUUUAGUUUCAAUGAUAAUAAUAAUAACUUGCUUAAUUCGGAUAAAGAAAAUGAUUAUAGUAAAGAUUCAAUGGAAAUUGAAAAUGAAUUGUGUUCUUCCAUAACCAAAGUAAACAAGAUAUUAAAAGAACAAGUACUUGAAGAGGUUUUUUCUCCGCGUGCAUUAAGCACUCGUAUACGUCAAGUAUGUUCUUUACAAAAUGACGCAUCAAUUAAAAGACGACAUUCUAUGAUAAGUGUCGAUGCUCUAUCAAAACCUGAAUUUAAUAAUACCCAAGGAAUUUCAACGUCGAAAAGUUUAGCUGAAACAUUGAUAAUUGACAAAUCCUCAAAGAAACAUCGUACUAUAUCAGAUGGUCAUCUGAUUCAACUUUAUCCAAACAGAACAGACUAUUCAACAAUGGAAACACCCGAAGAAAUUAAAUUUCAUAAAAAAGAUAAUUUUUAUGAAAAAUCGCCAGAUAUGGGAACACGUCAACAUGGAAUUGAUGCAGCACCAGAAAAAUGCAAAAGUCAAACGAAGAAAUGUGCAAAAACUACUAGUAAAAAAUUAGGCGUAAGAAUUUGUGGAAUGCAGGUUUAUAAAACCACUACCAAAGAAUUCCAAUUUCAAGAUAAAUAUUAUGGACGUUCAUUGAACACUGAAACAUUUUGCAAGUCAUUAGCAGACUUUAUACAUAAUGGAGGUCGCUUACUAGGACACCAUAUUCCAACAAUUCUAGCUAAACUUCGUCGAUUAGCUAAAAUAAUUAGAAGUCUUAACAAUUAUCGAUUCUAUGCCAGCAGUUUACUACUAAUCUAUGAUGGGGAUGAGAAAAAUCCACGUGAAAUUGAUAUUAGAAUAAUUGAUUUUGCACAUUGUACUACUGGAAGUGAUUAUGAAGCAAAAGAUUGUAAAUAUCCUUCAAAUGAAGGAUUUGAUAAAGGUUAUUUGUUUGGACUAAAAAAUUUAUGCAGAUCGUUUGAGAACAUUUACAAAGAUUGUUAUGGCAUCAUACCUGAAAAUGUUAGUGAAGAAGAAGAAGAAGUUUUUUCAGGAAUUGAUGAAAACAAUUCAUAUUAG